AUGCGUCUCAUCACACAUAAUCUGCUUAUGUGCAACAAGAAAGGUGUUGAAAAUGGUUAUCCUCUUAGCAUUGAGGCAGAAACGAUUGAAGUGGUACCCUGUGACUUUCAAGCUGCCUUCGUGCGCAAGAUGUUGACCAAGUUAGACUGGAAUGCAUUCCUCGCUGGUGCCAAGGAUUUAAAGCUUACGGAAGGUCUUCCGGAGACGCUUCCCAGCUCUGAGGAAGGAGAGACGGACGAAGAGACUUUGCUUAAGAUUCACCACGCUCUGUUGGAGGUUCAUGUGAAGCAAGGUAAGCUCGUGUGCCCCGAGUCUGGCCGUGCUUUCCCCAUCAUCGACGGUAUCCCCAACAUGCUGUUGAACGAAGACGAGGUUUAG